UUCAGAUUCCUGGACAUCCGUGAUAACAUUUCUUCGUAUUCCAUGUCAGCGCUCUUCUUUUAGUAAACUGGACAACCUAUUAACAUCUAAAAAAUUGACUAUUUUUUUCGCACCGGAGAGUAUUUUAAACACUUGUGUCAGUCUAGUGGUUUGAAAAGGUGUGUUAGUGGGAUCUAAAGAGCUGGCAAUUGGAUUACCGCCUUAUUAGACAACAACUAACGUUACUGUCAACUCUCAACCAGUACGUCUCGUGCACAAGUUCCCUCGAGAACGUCAACUUAAUCCGAGCUCGCGCUCCUCUCUUUCAACGGUCAAUUUUGGGAUAUCAUGAGCUCUUAGUUCCGCACAAAACUUGGUAGAAAUAGUUAUAUAUCUUCACCUGGACAUGGAUAACUACCGUCAUCAGCGAUAUGAAGGCUCGAAUCAAGGGAGGGAAAAUAAAAUCCAUCGAAAGAAAGGAUUUGGAGUCGGAGUGUCAUCUCGGUGCAGUUCAAGUGGGGAUGACGGAGAGAAGAAACCUAAAUUUCUGGACAGAUUUUCCAGUAUCCGGAUCCCUGGCAGUAAAAAGGAACGGCCACCCCUCUCCCACAUGUCCAAGCAUUCCUCUUUUGGUGACUGGUCCACUUCCUCUGAAUUUGAGGAGCUUUCUUCAAAGAUCACAUCAGAGAAGGAAAUCCUUGCCCUCUUUGAGAAAAUGAUGGAGGAUAUGAAUCUUAAUGAAGAGAAGAAAGCUCCUCUCAGAGAAAAAGACUUGAGCACAAAAAGGGAGAUGGUCCUUCAGUACAUCAUCACAGCUGCAAAAACCGGUAGUUUGAGGAGCAGCAGUCAGAUCUCUCCUCAGGAGUUUCUGAGUGAGCUGAAAGGAGGUGCCACCGAUGAGAGACUGUUUGCUUGUUUAGACUCCCUCAGAGUGUCACUCACCAGCAACCCAGUCAGCUGGGUGCAGAGUUUUGGCCAUGAGGGUCUGGGUCUCCUGUUGGACACGCUGGAGAAGCUCAUCCUCAAAAAACACCAAGAAAAAGUGGAUAAGAAGAGUCAACACAAAGUCAUUCAGUGCCUCAAGGCCUUUAUGAACAACAAGUAUGGACUGGAGCGGAUCCUUGGAGAGGAGAAGAGUCUGGCACUGUUGGCCCAAGCCAUUGACCCUGGUCAGCCAGCCAUGAUGACAGAUGUGGUCAAACUGCUCUCUGCAAUCUGCAUUGUGGGAGAAGAAAAUACUUUGGAGAAGGUGCUUGAGGCCAUCACCACAGCAACUGAGGGAAGAGGGGUGGCCCGCUUUAACCCUAUCGUUCAAGGUCUUAGUGUGCGCUCCGUCCAAUUACAGGUGGCUUGCAUGCAGCUCAUCAAUGCCCUCGUAACGUCUCCUGAUGAGUUGGACUUCAGGCUGCACAUCCGAAAUGAAUUUAUGCGCUGCGGCCUGCGAGAGAUCCUGCCGACCCUGGACACUGUAAAAAAUGAUGCUCUGGAUAUCCAGCUGAAGGUCUUUGAGGAGCACAAGGAGGAGGACAUGAUUGAGUUCUCCCAUCGCCUGGAGGACAUCAGAAGUGAACUAGAUGAUAUCGGAGAUGUCUUUAAUGUGUUAUACUGCUCUGUGAAGGACACAAGCGCCGAGAGCAAUUUUCUUUCCAUACUACAGCACCUGCUGCUGGUCAGGAAUGACUAUUUCACACGGCCUCAGUAUUUUAAGAUCAUAGAGGAGUGUGUCUCUCAAAUCGUCCUCCAUCGUAGUGGCACAGAUCCUGACUUUGCCUACCGCAAGCGUCUGGAUGUGGACUUCAGCCACCUGUUAGAGGUGUGUGUGGAUAAAGCCAGGGCCGAGGAGUUUGAACAGAGGGCCUUAGAGUUAGCUCAAAAGUUUGAUGAGGAGUUCCUGGGCAGACAGGAAGCUCAAGCCCAGCUGUUGAAAAGAGAGGAGAAGAUCAAUGAGCUGGAAGCUGAACUUCAGGCUUAUAGAAACCAGUUCGGAGCUGUUCCAGUGGUUUUACCUUCAGUGCAGUCUGUCCCAGCCUUGUCUUCAACUACCUCUUCCUCAUGUCCCCCUGCCCCACCUCCUCCUCCACCUGUUCCAGGAGUUCCAGGUCCGCCACCCCCUCCACCUCCACCGCCUCCACCUGGCUGUGCCUCCAUGCCCGGGAUGCCUCCACCCCCUCCUCCUCCUUUGGGACUAGGUGGAUUGACAUCCUUCUCAAUCCAACACGUGCUGCCUUUUGGCCUAAAACCCAAGAAGGAGUUCAAACCAGAGGCUUCCAUGAAGCGCCUCAACUGGUCCAAGAUCUCCCCCCAGGAGAUGUCCGAGAGCUGUUUUUGGGUCGCCGCCAAAGAAGAGCGUUACGAGAAUGAGGACCUGCUGACCAGGCUCGCCAUUACCUUCGGCACACAGAGAGCUGAAGCCAAAGCUCGACGAGAAGAGGAACUGGAGGAGAAGAAAAUCAAAAAGAGAGUCAAAGAACUGAAGGUGCUGGACCCGAAGAUAGCACAGAAUCUCUCCAUUUUCCUGGGGUCGUUCCGUAUGCCCUAUGAGGAGAUCAGGAGAAUGAUUUUAGAGGUGGACGAGGAUCAGCUGACUGAGCCCAUGAUCCAGAAUCUUGUGAAGUACCUGCCUGAACAGGAGCAGCUGAUCGCACUGGUCAAGUACAAGAGCGAAUUUGCCAACCUCUCUGAACCGGAGCAGUUUGGAGUAGUGAUGAGUAGCGUGAAGCGUCUGAGGCCCAGGCUGAACUCCAUCCUGUUUAAGCUGCAGUUUGAAGAGCAAGUGAGUAACUUGCGUCCGGAAAUCAUGGCAGUGAACGCAGCCUGCGACGAGGUGAAGAAGAGCAAAGCCUUCAGCAGGCUGCUGGAACUCAUUCUGCUCAUGGGGAACUUCAUGAACGCUGGCUCGCGGAACGCCCAGUCCUUUGGCUUUAACCUCAGCUCGCUCUGCAAGCUGAAGGACACUAAAUCGGCUGAUCAGAAGUCCACUCUACUUCACUUCCUGGCAGAGAUCUGUGAGGAGAAAUACCCUGAAGUAAUGAAGUUUGUGGAGGAUCUACAACAUGUGGACCAGGCCAGUCGAGUAUCAGCAGAAAACCUUGAGAAGAGCUUGAGACAGAUGGAGAAACACCUGCUGCAGUUGGAGAAGGAUCUGGACACUUUCAGCUCCACAGACGACCAGCAGGACCUGUUCCUCAGCAAGAUGGCAAGUUUCUCCACGCAGGCGAGAGAUCAGUACCAGAAGCUGGUGAUCAUGCACAGUAAUAUGGUGACCCUUUACCUCAACAUGCUGGAGUAUUUCACCAUCGACCCCAAGAAGACCUCUGUGGAGGAACUCUUCACUGACCUCAGCAACUUCAGAGCCAUGUUCAUGCAAGCAGUGAAGGAGAAUGCAAGGAGAAGAGAGGCGGAGGAGAAGCAGAGGAAAGCGAGGAUAGCCAAAGAGAAGGCGGAACGAGAGAAGCAGGAGCGGCAGAUGAAGAAGAAGAGACUGCUGGAGGUCAACACAGAGAACGAUGAGACCGGUGUGAUGGAUUGUCUGCUGGAGGCGCUGCAGUCUGGAGCUGCUUUCAGAGACCGCAGGAAAAGAGCACCCAGACCCCGAGAUGAACCAACACAAGUGCUCAAUCAGAGUCUACAAAGACCUGUUCUGAAAGACUACAACCACGAAAACAUGAAGGCACCUCUGCAAAGGUCACGGUCGCGGCAGAAUAUCAAUUUCAACUCGACACGAGCACCCACUGCCAAAGAGCCUCAUUACGAGAGCGAACCCCAUCCGUCUGCAGCCCACAGGCCGACCCACCGGGCCGAGAGAGAGAAGGAAAAAGAGCAAACUCCGACGCUUUGCUCAUCCAAUGGUGACACGGACGUGGAGUCCUUGCUCGCACGCCUGCGUGACCUGUGAUGACAUCACCACCUCUCGGGUUUGACCUCUGUAGUCACUUCGGUGACACAGACACAAAAAAGAAACACAAAUCUCGCAGUCACCUUUUGCUAAUAAAUGCCGGCGGGUUGCGCACAUACACGCAUAGGAAAAGUCUUAACAAUUAACCUUUCCCAUCCGUCGUCUCUGCCCGUUUACCUCCAACAACAGACUUGUUGUCCACAGAAGUGCGAGUCAUUGUGCUGGUCGGGUCCAGGAUGAAAACUCGUCGCUGUUUUGUAUUAAGCAGCUAAUUACCGGACAGUUUAGAGUGACCUUUGGGCCAAGCACUUUUUUUAUGUCGUAAACAGACCAAUUAUUACUCUUUAAAGGCUUCUUUAAGGCACUCAUACAUGCGUAUUUUCACAUACAUAGAUGUUUGA